CCCAACACUCGAUCAUCAUCAUCAUCAUCAUCAUCGUCAUCAUCGUCUGGGCAUCGAUGGCGGAGCUUGGGACGCAGGAGACGCCGAGGAGAGAGGGAGGCGAAGAGGAGGAGAAGCCCAAGACGUGCAAGCGGUGCAAGCGUAGCUACCCCCCUUCCUCCAACCAUCCCUCCGCCUGCCGCUUUCACCCUUCCUUCUUCGUCUCCCGUCGCCACGACGACCAACGCAGGUACUAUGAGUUGGGACCUGAUGAUCCCCCUUAUGCCGCCAAGUUCUACGACUGCUGCGGCGCUGAGGACCCCGAAGCUCCUGGCUGCACAACUAGCACCCAUGUCUCUUAUGACGAUGAUUAGGAGACGACGGCCGAUUAUAUGCGGGCGUGGACGGAGGAUUUCCCUAAGCAUUGCCGGACGCUAUGUAUCUCCAUCCCCACUUCGUGUUCUGUUCGCACGCCAUUGAAGGAAUUCUUAGAUGCCUGAAUUUCCUCCAUAUCCGUGUGUACAUUCGACAUCUACUGAGCUGUAGAGGCCAAAGAAAGUGUCUUAACUGUGCUUCUUUUGAAUUUCAAAGAAUCUCCCUUCCUCUUUCACACGCC